GUCGUGAAAGAAGAAUGUUGUGUUGCCUAGGUGGUCUGCUUCGGGGGUUUUUUCGACCCGAGAACUAGCGCCAUACGGCUUUCGGCGAAAGCAUACAUCGCGACUUGCGUACGACAUAUAAGUCAAUGUCGUCAGUUUGUUUACCACGAGAACGUGCUUCUAAUAAAUUCAGAAAAGUUAUUAAAAUUCAUUGCUAUUCUAUCAUCUAAAGUUGAGGAAGAUUUGUUUCGCAAACUUCUCGUCACCAUACGAUUAUUCAUCUGUUUUCUUCGGUGAAGAAAUAUUCAUCUGCUUUCUUCGGUCAUCUGUUUGGACGGAAAAUUUGAGGUUGAGCAACCAAAACCAAAGGUGAAGUGCCCUUGGAGCCUUGUGCAACCGGUGGAGUGAUCGCCACGAAGCAAGUGCAGAGGAGGUUAUCCCCUUUUUCCCUCCUGGAGCCAAUUCUGCUACUGAGUUGAGUGGAGGAUCACAGGACUUCAUACGUCAACGUCGACUUCUGGUUGCCGAUCAUUUAUUGGUGCCGAAGAAACCAGGGAAUCUUUAGAUAUUCAGUCUAAUUUCAUUCAUCUGAUUGCUUUCAUUUCAUAUUUCAUUGUCGUUAUUUCAUUCGGAGAAAUUAACAGUGCAAUUCUUUAUUUGUUUUUUUUUGUUAUCGCUCAUCAUCUGUUUGUUAUCUUCGCAUCGUCUGUUCAUUUCAGCGAAGUUUUCGGAAUUCAUUUAGCUACCGGGGUUGUUCAAGAAGUAAAAUGCCGUCGAUGGAUAAAUUGAAGGCUUUGAUCAACGAAUCCAUCGUCAAGCGAGAAAAUGCUUUCGCCGCGGCCUCUACUUUAUUUAAAUUAAUUAAAGGGUUGACUAAUGAGGCAGAUGUGGCCAAUAUGUGUUUAUCUGAGCUCUUUAAGAUAGAGAAGGCCUUCAAAGAGGCUGAUGAGUUGAUUGUUAAACUCAACUCUCAGUUGGAGGAGCCAGAACGGGACGGAUCGCCAUCGAAAUUCGCGGCAUUUUUUGAGAUUUGCCUGCAGAUCCGCGCUGCCCACAGUCAGCUGACUGCGUCUACGUCGGUCGCAAAGACGGGUUCAUCCUCCUCUGUUGACCUUCCGAUUCCUCGGGUCGAGUUGCCAUGUUUUCAUGGUAAAAUCGAAGAAUGGCCCGGCUUCAUCGCACUAUUCGACGCUCUUGUGCAUCAAAGCAACUCCCUGGCGCCUGUUCAAAAAUUUCACCUGCUAACGUCUGCUCUCUCAGGUGAAGCGGCUUCUGUCAUCUCCGGCUUUGAGCUAAAUUCAGUCAAUUAUCCUCUGGCUUAUCAGGCCCUUUACGCUCGGUACCAAAAUCCCCGUCGGCUGGCUGACUUGUAUGUGAACCAGAUACUGGAUUCGCGGCCGGCGUCUGUUUCUUCUUUAUCCCAGUUGAAACAAUUCGCCACCACGCAUCAAAAUGCCAUCAACGCCCUCAAGGCAUUGCCCAUCCCAGAUUUGGCUGAUUAUCUUCUGUUUUCUCUUGCCUUGCGCAACUUAGACGUACCAUCUCGCCAGCUGUUCGAGGGGCAAUUAUCCUCUGAUGACUUUCCUAACCUCACCCAAUUGCUCGAAUUCACCAAUCGACAAUUACGAGUGUUGGAAAGCACUUCCAUCACUUCGUCCCGUGCGUCUGCGCCAAAGAGGCCGCCUAGACCUCAAUCACCAGCGGGGUCAGCGUCUGCUCCUUCAUCGUCUGGGCCCUCCUCUGCUGGUCCGUCCUCCCGUCGUCCUGCCUAUGCAGGUGUGCGUCCUCCUACAUCUUCUGGUUCGUCGUCAGUGUGUGUGUUCUGCUCGGCGAAUCACUCAAUUCGCCAGUGUCGUGAGUUCAAAGCCAUGACCAUCCAUCAGCGAAGAGCUUUCGUGACUGAGAGGCGAUUAUGUAGAAAUUGCAUGUCAUCGUUCCACGCCACUGCUGAUUGUGGUUCGGAUCAGUGCUGUCACACGUGCGGGGGGCGUCACCAUACGAUUCUUCAUCUGGCACCUGUUGGCCCUACGCCCUCUCUUGGUACCCAAACGGAGGAGAAACCAACGAAUCAGACUCCCUCUCAACCUUCUGGUUCGUCGGAGCCGCCAGCCCGUGCCUCCACCUCUCGAGGUAGUUCAGUGAGAGGCCGAAGGACUGGCCUGGGGGGGUCUCGCACGCCUCCUAAGGGGUCAAGUUCAGCAUCUUCUGGAAGCGGUUCCGAAUGA